AUAGCAGCGGCAGCUGCAGCAAAUAACAAACGUCAGCUGCGACGCGCAACAACACGCCACAGUCGCAGUCAGAACAAUAACAACAAGUACAACAAAGAUGAGCAUGAAAAUGAAAAUCCAUUUAGGCUCACUCUUUGUCAUUUUGAUAAUGGCCACCAAAUGCGCCAAUGGCGGUCCACAGAGCCAGCAUCAUGAUUCCAACUCACAGCUGGAUCCAGAUCCCGAGUUUAUUGGCUUUAUCAACAAUGUCACUUAUCCGGCGGGACGCGAAGCUGUGCUCGCCUGCUCUGUGCGCAAUCUGGGAAAAAAUAAGGUGGGCUGGCUGCGAGCUUCAGACCAAACGGUGCUGGCGCUGCAAGGACGCGUGGUAACGCAUAAUGCCAGGAUCAGUGUCAUGCAUCAGGAUAUGCAUACUUGGAAACUUAAGAUUAGCAAGCUACGUGAGAGCGAUCGUGGCUGCUACAUGUGCCAAAUAAACACCAGUCCGAUGAAGAAACAAGUUGGCUGCAUUGAUGUACAAGUGCCACCGGACAUCAUUAACGAAGAGUCCUCUGCGGAUUUGGCCGUGCAGGAGGGCGAGGACGCAACGCUAACAUGCAAAGCCACUGGCAAUCCAGCACCGCGUGUCAUCUGGCGCCGUGAGGAUGGCGAAAUGAUACUCAUACGCAAGCCAGGCAGUCGCGAGCUUAUGAAAGUGGAGUCGUAUAAUGGCUCAUCGCUGCGACUGCUGCGCUUGGAGCGACGCCAAAUGGGUGCAUAUCUCUGCAUUGCCUCCAACGAUGUGCCGCCGGCUGUGAGCAAACGCGUCUCGCUUAGCGUGCAAUUUGCGCCGAUGGUGCGCGCACCCAGCCAGUUGCUGGGCACACCGCUGGGCUCGGAUGUGCAGCUGGAGUGCCAGGUGGAGGCAUCACCCUCGCCCGUUUCCUAUUGGCUGAAGGGUGCACGCACCUCGAAUGGCUUUAGCAGUGUGUCCACAGCCAGCUUAGAGUCCGGCUCACCGGGACCCGAAAUGCUGCUCGAUGGGCCCAAGUAUGGCAUUACAGAGAAGCGCGAUGGCUAUCGCGGCGUCAUGUUGCUGGUGGUGCGCUCCUUCUCCGCCUCCGAUGUGGGCACAUAUCACUGCGUCAGCACAAACUCACUGGGCCGCGCCGAGGGCACCCUGCGACUCUACGAAAUCAAGCUACAUCCGGGCGCAUCGGCCAGCAAUGAUGAUCAUCUAAAUUUCAUAGGCGGUCUAGAGGAGGCGGCGCGCAAUGAGGCUUCGAGCAGCUGGCAGUCCACCAAGUGGCUGCUACUCCCACCAGCGUUAAUGUUGCUGCUCAUCUGGCCGCCAAUAUUGCUGCAAUUUAACGCGUGAUACACAAACUGAGCGAGAGCCGGCAAUCAAGUACCACGAGUAUUAUUCCUACAGGUGUUGAACCCAUGCUGCCAAACGAUUUAAUAUUUUCGCUUAUGCUCCCGCUCCCGCUCUCAAUGAACAACAACAAUACCACAAGCGCUGCAUGGGGCUUGUGUUUUUUUUUGUUGUUGUUGUGCUCUCUCAACCCUUUUGUUUUCGUUUUUAUGUGUGGCAUCGAUAAACGCAUCGCAACGCAUUCGCUAUUGUCAAAACAUUAAAGAAAAUAGGAGGAAAAGCAGCAGCAGCAGCAAGCGCUAUGGGCGCUAUAUACCUAUAUCAUUUACGAAACGUAUCAGCAACGCGUGUUUUAAACCCUUACCACCAAACCAGCAGGCGGAGCCCCUCCUGGUGAGCCAGCCAGAAUAUCAAAAAACAAAAAUGGUUAAGAAACUGAAACGCAUAAUGUUAUAUUGCAUAUAUAUA